UAACGCGUGUUUUCUGCAGAUCUGGCAACCCACGUACGCGUCAACCACACACCACGCAGACUCAAAAACGAUGGCGGACGAAGUUGAGCAGCAACCGACCACCAACACGGUCGAGGAGCCUCUGGAUCUGAUCCGCCUCAGUCUAGAUGAGAGAAUCUACGUCAAGAUGAGGAACGACCGGGAGCUCCGGGGCCGGCUGCAUGCCUACGAUCAGCACCUGAACAUGAUCUUGGGCGAUGUCGAGGAGACGGUGACGACAGUAGAAAUCGACGAGGAGACUUACGAAGAACUCUACAAGUCGACCAAAAGGAACAUCCCCAUGCUGUUUGUGCGAGGAGACGGCGUCGUCCUCGUAGCUCCGCCUCUCAGGGUGGGCUAACCCAGACCACCACUUCCUGUUGCGAUGAUGUGUUUGUGUGUUUCGUACCAGAUGGGAGUUUGUAACACUGACCUGGGGGAGGAGGAGGAGGAGGAGGGCGGCGCUGUCUCGAUCAGAGGCUGGGUUCAAACAUCGUCAUCAUCCAUCUCGGGUCCCGAUGUCAGCGCCGUCAUACCACGACCACGAAGUCAGAUACGACCUUCAAUUAUCAAGACAAACAAACAAAAAGGACUUUUGGACUGAGGGACGAUUUACUUUUUAUUUCAGUUAAAUGGAUUCCUGAGACCAUCAGAGUUUAAGUUCUGGUCGUCAUGGAGAUGAAGACUCACCUCUCCAAGUUUUAGUUUCCUCUCAUUCUCAGUUUCGGCGAGUAUUUCAUCCACACAGCGACGUGAUUUUGAAUUCAUUUAAUCUCUUAAAGAAACUCGUGCGGUGACUUUGAACCUGUGAUGUCUGAAUGUUUGACACGUUCUUUGAAUCUCUCUGGGAUUUUUUUUUUUUGUUCGUCGUUUUUAAAAAAAGUUUUGUAAAGUUAUGAAGCACUUGGAAGUCGAUCAUGUCCGUCAGAUGUGUAAACAUUUGUGUUAUUUUUGUUUUGUUAACUUGAAUAAAAAACUUGAUUUGAAAACAUUCA